AUGGAAACCUCAGAUUUUGAGGUCCGUAUACCUGUACAUCCGGGCGACAAAGAAGACUACAAUGAUAUCAACAUGCUAGACACGUCUUCUAGCGAUGCUGGCUUCUCAAGUGAUGAGGAAACCCCAAGCAACGGUCAAAUCUCACAAGAAGCAAAACCAAGCGUGACUAUUGUCAACGAAGAGCUGGAGGAGCUGGAGGGAAAGUCGAAGGAGGGCUUCCAUAUCCUCACGAAGCUGGAGACCAUAUUGAAGAAACAUCCAUCUUCCACUGGAGCCACUGAAGCCCUACGUAAACAAAUCUUGGAGACUAUGGAUCAAGGCAAGAGCCAUCCCACAAUCACAAUAGGCGUUGUUGGUGCCACUGGUGCUGGAAAAUCUUCUUUAAUAAAUGCACUGUUAGGAGAGAAACGUUUAGUUCCUACCAGUGGAAUGAGGGCGUGCACUGCAGCGAUCACAGAAAUCUCAUAUUGUCACGGGCCAUGGAACUAUGAGGCUGAGAUUCAGUUUGUAUCUCGGUCAGCGUGGGAGGAGGAAAUGCGCCUUCUCUUCGAAGACAUGCAGGAUGGUCUUGAUGAACUUCCUUCCACUUAUGACUCUGAAUUUGGCAUAGCAUGUGCCAAAUUCAGAGCUGUAUACCAGCUUGACCCCAGGAAUACCCAAAUUGAAAAAAUCAUGGAAGUCCCUAACGUUGCUACAGUACUUGGUUCUACUAAGUACGUGUCUGGAAACAAUGCAACCGACUUCUACAAUGAGCUUAAAAAAUAUGUGGAUAGUGAACCACGUCGUCUAGUUUCAGACCAGGAUAUCAUAGAUACCAAUGAUACGAUAUCACAGAAUAAGUCCAUGCAAUUGUGGCCACUUGUUGAGCUGGUGCGCCUACAUGUCAAAGCACCCGUUUUAUCCACUGGGGUGGUACUUGUGGACCUCCCGGGGUUGCUGGACGUCAACACGGCCAGGGGAACUUUGGCUCAAAAAUACAUAAAAAAUUGCUCUAGCCUGUGGGUAGUCGCGCCUAUCACUCGAGCUGUCGAUGAUCAUUCGGCGAGGACACUUCUAGGGGACGGUUUCAAGCGGCAGCUGCAGCUCGAUGGCGGGAUGGGCCAACUGGCUUUUAUCUGCAGCAAGACCGAUGAUAUCAACUUGUCGGAGGCAGCAGAUGACCCCGGACUCAAACAUGCGAGAGAAGCGUUGGAUAAUUUUUGUGAAGAAAAAAAGCAGCAGGCCAAAGCCAUGGGCUUGAAAAUACAGAGCCUUAAACAAAAGGACAAGCGCAUAAGGUUGAAGUUAGAGAACCUGAUCGACUUUGCGAUACAGGACGAUACCAAAGUCGCCCCCGAGAUCAACCCUAUACAGAGCCCUUCUAACCAUGGUGCCAUGAACAUAUCUCCAUCGCCAUCACCCAGCCCCCGAAAGCGCGAGUUCAUGGUUUCCAAAAAGAGUUUAACAGAAAAACAAGCCACAGUUAAGGCCCAACUCCAGUCUCUCGAAACUGAGGUUUUAUCUGUUAGAAAGGAGAUAAAACUUAAGCAACGCGAAUUCGAGCGUUGCUGCAUAGAAAAAAGAAACAAAUACUCUGAAACACGAAUAAGAGAGGAUUUCGUGGCUGGACUUCUUCAUCCCAGAAACACCAGCCAAGAUGAAGAAGGCACCAUGGCCAAGGAAAAAUUAGAUGUUUUUUGCGUGUCAUCUAAGGCAUUUCAGAUAUUGGAAGGUAGGUUAAAGGAGCACAAAGUAAUGAAGGGGUUCAUAGUCCCCGAGGAUACUGGGAUACCCCAGCUCCAAAGAUACUGUUUGAACCUGGGCGUUACGGCCCGUAUGGCAAAGCAUGCCAGCUUCUUGAACAACCUUGGCCAAUUAGUCAAUAGUUUACAGCUUCAGGCAUCAGGGCAAGAUAAACUGUCACUCCGGUCAAAACAAGAUGACCAGGAAUUACUUCAGGCUGAGUUCAACAACCUCAAGGAGGUUUUAAACACCACGAUCCUCAACCUGUCAAACGCUUUGUUGGAAAUAAGGCAGCAUCUAUAUGCUAGUCUUGGUAUGUCCCAUUUCCAAACUGCAUCGAGAAGUUUGAAGUUAAUAUGUGUAGAUAAUGCCGCCAUUGCAGCUAAGAAUGCGGCUGAAAGGACGCUAUCUCGGUGGAACCGAGUCAAGAAGCAUGGAGGAAUUUCAUACCCCACUUACAAAGCCAUCUGCCGGAGAUUUGGCGAAUUUCGUGAUGGAAAGGGGAAUCACUACGGAGCUAACAUUUCCACCACAGAACUGGAAUAA